GGACAAAAAUGCCUCUGACUGUAUUUUUACUUAGGGGUAUUGUGGGUUUCCUCUGGAGCUGCUGGUUUCUAGUGGGUUAUGCAAAAGGAGGCUUGGGAGACAAUCAUGUUCACUCCAGUUUUAUUUAUAGAAGACUACGGAAUCAUGAAAGACGGGAAAUACAGAGGGAAAUUCUCUCUAUCUUGGGUUUACCUCAUAGACCCAGACCAUUUUCACCUGGAAAACAAGCAUCCUCAGCACCUCUCUUUAUGCUGGACCUGUACAACGCCAUGGCCAAUGAAGAAAAUCCCGAAGAGUCGGAAUACUUGGUGAGGGCAUCACUGGCAGGAGAAACAAGAGGAGCAAGAAAGGGAUACCCAGCCUCUCCCAAUGGCUAUACUCAUCGCAUACAGUUAUCUCGAACGACUCCCCUGACCACCCAGAGUCCUCCUCUUGCCAGUCUACAUGAUACCAAUUUUCUGAAUGAUGCUGACAUGGUCAUGAGCUUUGUCAAUUUAGUUGAAAGAGACAAGGAUUUUUCUCACCAGCGAAGGCAUUAUAAAGAAUUCCGGUUUGAUCUUACACAAAUUCCUCAUGGAGAAGCCGUGACGGCAGCUGAAUUCCGGAUAUAUAAGGACCGUAGCAACAAUCGGUUUGAAAAUGAAACAAUUAAGAUUAGCAUAUAUCAGAUCAUCAAGGAAUACACAAAUAGGGAUGCAGAUCUGUUCUUACUAGACACAAGAAAGGCCCAGGCUUUAGAUGUGGGUUGGCUUGUUUUUGAUAUCACUGUGACCAGCAAUCAUUGGGUGAUUAAUCCACAGAACAAUUUGGGCUUACAGCUCUGUGCAGAAACAGGAGAUGGGCGCAGUAUCAACGUAAAAUCUGCUGGUCUCGUGGGAAGACAUGGACCUCAGUCAAAACAACCAUUCAUGGUGGCCUUUUUUAAGGCAAGUGAGGUACUUCUUCGAUCUGUGAGAGCAGCCAACAAAAGGAAAAAUCAAAACCGCAAUAAAUCCAGCUCUCAUCAGGACUCAUCCAGAAUGUCCAGUGUUGGAGAUUAUAAUACAAGUGAACAAAAACAAGCCUGUAAGAAACAUGAACUUUAUGUAAGUUUCCGGGAUCUGGGAUGGCAGGUUCAUCUGAUGUUUCCUGACCACGUCCCAAAGCCUUGCUGUGCUCCAACCAAAUUAAAUGCCAUCUCCGUGCUAUACUUUGAUGAUAGCUCCAAUGUCAUUUUGAAAAAAUACAGAAAUAUGGUAGUGCGCUCAUGUGGCUGCCACUAAUAUUAAAUAAUAAUAGCAACAAAGAAAAGAUCUGUAAUAAGGUUUAUGACUUCAAUAAAAAUUAUACUUUCAGACAAAAGGGGAACUUUGUAAAAUUAGUCUGGCUCUUUUCAUCUCUCUAACUAUGUACAAUAUCAUGUAUAUAGUCACAUUUAUUUAUUUAAAGGUAUAUAUUCUCUUUGUGGAUGCCUUGUCAAUAAAAUCUAUUUCAUAGUCACUACAUUUUACAACAAAUUGAUUGCCCAUUUAAACUUUUAAUGGGAUAUACAACAUCCCAUUCAAUUGCAUUUCAAAUGUUUUUCCUAGUACAGUUUUUAUAUAAUUUUCUGAAAUUAGAUAGACUUUUUGAUUGUUAAAUUCUGGUGAAGGAAACUAAAUGUAUUUGGAUAUGCUGUGCCAAUGAAAACUAUGAUAGGGUAUUUAUUUAGAUAUAAAAUUUAAAAAAUAAUAAUAACCUAAACUAAAAAGCUCAGAUAAACACAAUUUUUCUUGUAGUUUCUGCUUCAUUAAAUAAAGCAAAAUGUUACAUUGGAUUUGAAUAAAUAAACGGUAGACAGAAAGAACAUAUAAGCUGAAAGAUUGCACAUAAUUAUUGCAACGGUUUACUUUAACAGAAUUGGUGUAACUGUAGUAGCACGUUCCUUCUUGGGUUGUGGAUUGUAGAUUUUGCAAAGAGCUCAAAGCUUCAGAAUUCUGUAGAGACAGGCUUGAGCCUGUGUCCAUAACUUUCCAAGUUAACACUAAAAAAUUGCAGUACAACCUUCUUACCUCAAAUAAAUUAUGUCUGCCUAUUAUCUAGAACACUACUGCUGCAGAUUUUUUUCAGAUUUAAGAACAGUCCAAAAUAAAGAAAUAUUUACAUGUGCUCCACUUCCCUCCCCACAGACAAGCGUCACUGCAUGCAUGAAAUAUACUGGAGCAGAGAUGCCGACAGAGCCAUUUUCUUUCGCUUUACUUUAUAACUGAGUUUGCUGAUUGAUGUGAUGCAAGGGAUUUUAUUUAGGGUAAAAGCACUGAAACUAAACUGGAGGAAAUUACCAAAAAUCCCAGAAUGGCUAUGACAGAAUUGCCAUUUCGAAAGAACAGCUGAAAUCCAUUUUUCAUAUCUUUGAGAAUGAGCUCAAUGAAAACCUUAUUUUGUAAGGGGAUUUUGUAAACCUUCCUCCAAGCACAAAUAAUUCCAAAUGGGAAGGUUCUGUUGUGUGUAUGUGCAUGUGUGUUCUUCCCUCUGAAAUUAAUUUAUUUUCUUUCUCCGCCUUCUAAGGCUUGCUUUAUUUUUUUUAAACACACACUGACUUUUUGAAGAAUGACAUUUAGUUGAAUAACUUGCUAUUUAUGGUGGCUCCACGGUUAGACUUUUUUUUUUCUUCCAGUUACCUAAAAUAUUCAUAAAAUAACAUUUAUUAAUCACCCUUUUAAAUAAAAUUUAUAUUGGAAAUAGCUAAAAAUAUUAUGGGUUUGUA